AUGUACGACCGUGGGCCCCAACUUCAGGCGGUGUUCAUCUUUCUGCUCGUCCUCUGCGUCGUGACGGUUGCACUCCGCUGUUACACCAUGGCGUUCAUUGUCAAAAGACUUGGCGUUGAGGAUUGGCUGGCAAUUGUGGCCCUGAUCCUGUAUGUCGUUUACACAUCGUUUGCACUGCUCUCAGUCAAAUAUGGAACAGGACGGCACCUCGCCGCUGUUCCCCCAGAGGAUCGGCCAGUAGCAUUUAUGUGGAGGCACUUCGCCACCAUAGUUUAUAUCGUCAUCUCGACUCUAACGAAAUUCAUCGUGGGCCUGCUGCUGCUCCGCAUCUGCUCUCACAUCCGAUGGAUGAAAAUUUUCAUUUGGGUGAUGCUAGUAGUCGUUGGCGUCUACAAUGCGUUUUAUUUCUUCCUCGACAUCUUCUCCGCGCAGCCCGUCGAGUACUACUGGCUACGUUUCGCCCCGAAUCCGCCACCGGGGCAUGUGAACGAUACGAAAUUCGCGAUUAUACCGACCUUCAUCGCGUCAAUUUUAAAUAUCAUCGUCGACUGGGCCCUAGCUAUCCUGCCCAUGAUCCUUCUCUGGAAAGCGAAAAUGGAUCGCCGGACCAAGAUUUCGGUUAUCAUCGUUUUAACGAUUGGUUCCAUAGCAUCUGUUGCCACGAUUGUUCGUCUUCCCUACGCAAGUCAACUCCUUCAGAAUGAUGAGUACUUGUACAACUUCACCGACUUCGCCAUCUGGUCGACUGUUGAGAUCGGCUUGGCACUCUCGGCCUCCUCUUUGGCUACGCUCAGGCCGCUCUUCCGCAAGCUAAAGAUCUUGUCGAGCACCCAGGGCCAUGGGAUAAGCCACCAGAAUGGUGAUGGCAAACCCCAUAGUUAUGGCCGUCUCGGUCGCCAGAGCGCCCAGCUCGCGCCCCAUGCCGAUCUCGAGAGUCCCCAAGCAAUACAUGAUGCGACGCCACACGCCAUAUAUGGCCAUAGGAUCCAAGGGAGCGGUAGAAGAAAGUGGGAGGAUCCAGAGAGCGCGUCUGAGAGCGAGAUCUGCAUGGUUAACCUUCGGACAAAUUGA